AAACCCUCAGGGUUUUUGGCCCAUGACCAGCUUCCCCUGUCUAACCACCAUACAUGUCUCUCUCUCCUGCUGUGUGUUUGUGAUUCAGUGGAUGAGACACUGGUGAGGCUGGUGAAUGGAUCAGGCCCUCACGAGGGGCGAGUGGAGGUGUUCCACGAGAGGCGCUGGGGAACAGUGUGUGAUGAUGUCUGGGACAAGAAGGAUGGCGACGUGGUCUGCAGGAUGCUUGGCUACAGAGGAGCCUUCGAGAUUCAUAAAACAGGCCGGUUUGGACAAGGUAAGCCUUUUGGCCGUUUUAAUCUCUAUCGAGUUGUGAACUAACUACAGUGCAGACUGUGAUAAACUUGUGGAGGGUGAUUAUGAUUUUUACCAUUUGUUUUUGUAAUUGUACUUUUUUAUGGUGGGUAUUAGAGCACACAGCAUUCGAAUACUACUGAGAUCCAUAUACGUUUAUAGGGAAAAUCAUAGGAGCCAGAUGCCAUCAAAAAUGUGCCAGUGGUAAUAUCCAUCUGUUUCCUCUCUUAUGACCUAUUUUCAACAACCAUCAUUAUAUCAUGCAUAAACACACAUCUCUGUUUGGUCCAAUCAAAAUAUUAUGGUGUAUUAAUAUUAUUUAGUUCAAAUUAAUCUGGAAAAUUCCAAGAACCAUUCUUUAAAAUUAACAAUAAUUCACAUGUACUUUUGAGGAUUAAUUAAACAGUUGUAAAUGUGUCUUUCAUAGACCCCAUUUGUGAAGCUAAAUUUAGUUUUUUUUAUUCUUGACCUCAUCCUGACCCAUAUUUGUAUCUAUAAUUAUGUUAGAGACGACAUUGUGCAUGGUCAAUCCAAUAAAUAAUUCUCAAAAUUAGUGUUGAGAUGCUGGGUAAACCAGUUUAGGAGGCAUGUCUAGUUAAAAAUAAACCCAACAGUGAUGUAUUAGGCCCAGCUCCAAACAUCUGUGGUGAAUGUAUACUAUGCUAUACUGGUCCUGGCCAAGUUUCCUUUUCAAGUGUGCUUCAUGUUCAUGUUGCACUCAAGAUGUUUCAGUUAUUCAAUGUUAUGUAGUUGGUGGUGCUCAAACUUGGAGUCUUCUCUCAUGGUGCUAAAUGUGGUAGAAUGACCUUAAAACAGAAACUCUGAUCAUACAGAGUGUUUUCGCCAACAUUCUGAGGGAAAAUAUUGCUCACACUCAAAGUUCAGAAUGUUUCUGUGAACAAACAGAUAGAGUAGAUAGACUAGGUCCUGGUCCAUUCUCAACAAUACUGUUGGUCAUAAAGUAUAUGGAAAACAGUAUGUAACAAUAUGUACAAACACAUCCUGUUCUUAAACGUGAAAGGAAGGGCCUCCUUUGAGCAUUAGCGAUACUACUUCUUUGGAGGUAAGACACACAGAUACAUAAAAUAGCUGAAAUUGAGACAUUAUUUCCUAACUACACACAUAAUUCUCAUUAUAGAUGCAUAUUUAUAUGAUAUAUCAGACAAACCCUGGUAUUAAAAGAUUUGAUGGUCUAGUCUGCUGGCUCCAGCCAAAGCAGAAGAUAUUUGGCCUCUUAUGAUCUUUCAUCAAGUCUGUCUAUGAAUCCCGUCACCAGUACACAGCCCCUGGUAGGCCUAUGGGGAGGAGGCCCACAUGCACAUCUGUAAACUCUCAUCGUAGAGUGAAAGAAUUUAACGUCUGAUUCAGGUUUAUAAAAAGCAUAUUGUGCUUUUUGUGCUCGUUAUGUUGACAGCAUUCAAAUAUAACCCAAACGAAGACCAGGAAUUAAAACGUGAAAUCUGAUUCAAAUGUGGGAUAAGACAGACAUGCUUAUGCUAAUGUUAACUUUGUGGGAACCUUUUGUGGGGAGAGUGACAUCCUUAUGACAUUGCAUUUAAAAACGAAUAUUAUGUGGAUUGGUUUGAUAUAAUAUAUACACUCAGUAUAAAAAACAUUAAGAACACCUUCCUAAUAUUGAGUUGCACUCCCCCCUUUUGCCCUCAGAACAGCCUCAGUUCGUCGGGGCAUGGACUCUACAAGGUGUCAAAAGCGUUUCACAGGGUUGCUGGCCCAUGUUGACUCAAAUGAUUCCCACAGUUAUGUAAAGUUGGCUGGAUGUCCUUUGGGUGGUGGACCAUUCUUGAUACACAUGGGAAACUGUUGAGCGAGAAAACCCCAGCAGCGUUGCAGUUCUUGACACAAAACGAUGUGCUUGGCACCUACUACCAUACCCUGUUCAAAGGCACUUACAUUUUUUGUCUUGGCCAUUCACCCUCAGAAUGGCACACAUACACAAUCCAUGUCUCAAGGCUUAAAAAUCCUUCUUUAACCUGUCUCCUCCCCUUCAUCUACACUGAUUGAAGUGGAUUUAACAAGUGACAUCAAUAAGGGAUCAUAGCUUUCACCUGGAUAGUCCCGUGUAGCUCAGUUGGUAGAGCAUGGCGCUUGCAACGCCAGGGUUGUGGGUUCGAUUCCCACGGGCAACCAGUAUGAAAAUGUAUGCACUCACUAACUGUAAGUCGCCCUGGAUAAGAGCGUCUGCUAAAAAAUGUAAAAAAUAUAUCAAAUGGAUUCACCUGGUCAGUCUAUGUCAUGGAAAGAGCAGGUGUUCUUAAUGUUUUGUAUACUCAGUGUACAGUAUCUGUGUGAUUUUCCUGCAUGUAUAUUAUCCCUUGUUGUUAUAAAUCAAACCAAGUUGGAGUUAUGUUAGGCAUAUAUCUAAGGUCCUAUGUCUUUCUCAAACCUGCUUAUUUGGCAAGUAGGUAAAUUAGAUCCCAAAUAGAGCACAGUGGUAGAACAAUAGAGGGAGUGGAAUACCAUCUGGACUUCAAGCACCUAAAAGCAUUUUCUUUUGGGUGUAGAUCAUCUUUAAUAUUGUAGAUAGAUUGUAGCUUCCAUCAAUGUAAUUGUCUGCAUCAUUUCCAAUCCCCAAUAUAUUUGUUUAAAUAAAUAUAUUUAUAUAUAUUUGUAAAAUAUAUUUUCCUUAAUUAUUUUCCCCUAACCCUACCACCCCUCCCCUAAUUGGAGUAAACUAAUGGGCAACAACACUUAGGCUUCUACUUCCAGCUUAUACAUACUAUAUACAUUUUACAAUAGUUAUCUUUUGUUUGUUUUUAAUCCCAUCCUUCAGCUACCCUUACCCCCUCCCAUCUAUCUCUGGAGGGUGGUGUCUCAUGUGUUUGUCGGCCUCUCAGCUCUGUCUUCAAUGUAAUUGAUACCACAAUAAACCCAAUUUCAGACGGAGACUCCAUGCCAGAGGUCCCCUCUGGUGGCGCUUGGCUACCCUGCCUGGUGCCUGUGGACAGGGGAGAGAAGAGGCUUGCUCCAGUCUCCAGAACAUCUGUGUUUGUGGAGCCAUGACAUGCUCUCAUCCCUCUGCCAGAUAUCUGCCUCACAUUAAUGCUUCCAAGGGCUCUCAAAGGAGAGUGGUGUGAUGAAUAAGAGGAGCCUGAGUAUGACCAGACCAGACUGCUAUCACACUCUAUUUCAUUCAGAUAAAGGCUGUGAUUUGAGAAUAAAAACAAUAGAACAGCAGAGCCUGAUACUUGGCUGCCCCUAUAUUCCCUCCCUUAUCAUCUCAUCUGAAAACCAUACUUUUCUGUAAGUCCUGAAUACUGGAGUCGAUCUGGCUGAGAGGACAGAUGUGCACUGUUAGGUUAAUCUUGACUAAAGUGUUUCUGAACUCUCUUUCUCUCGCUCUCGCUCUCUCUCUCUCUCUCUCUGGGGCGGGCGGGCGGGCGUGCGGGCGGGAUGGGCUGGCGGGCGGGCGGGCGGGCGGCGGGCCGGCGGGCGGGAUGGCGGGCGGGCGCGGGCGGGCUGGCGGGCGGGCGGCGGCGGGCGGGCGGGCGGCGCGAGGCGAGCGAGCAGCGAGCGAGCGAGCGCGCGAGGGCGAGCGAGCGAGCGCGAGCGAGCGACGAUGCGAGACGAUCGAGCUAGCUAGCGAAGAGGGAGCGAGCGAGCGAGAGAGCGAGCGAGCAGCGAACGAGCGAUCUAUCUAUUAUAUAGCUAUCUAUAUAUCGAUCUAUGCUAUAGCUAUAAUCUAUAUAUCUAGUACUAUCAUCUAUCUAUCUAUCUAUCUAUUAUCUAUCUAUAUAUUAUCUAUCGACUAUCUAGCUAUAUCUACCAUCUAUUAUCUAUCCAUCUAUCUCUACAGGUACUGGGCUCAUUUGGAUGGAUGAUGUGGCCUGUGUUGGGAAUGAGGACACCAUUCACCAGUGCAAGUUCUCAGGCUGGGGUAAGACAAACUGUGGGCACGUGGAGGAUGCGGGGGUGACAUGCAACACCUAA